GUACUUCGCUGCCGGCACCCAUCAGCCUAUCGAAUUCGACAACCUAUACCCUGUCUCCUAUUCGCUUGACCCCCAAGAACGCGAGCGCAGUUUUGGCUCAUACGCCGGAAUUGAUGAUUUCAUUGGGGCCCUCCCUGUGAAACAGAUGUACAAAGUUUAUGCAGAGCUUUGUGCAGGCAAGCAAGAUCACCUUCACGAGUACAUUAUGAUGCUGCGAUGGCUGAGAUCCUCCAUGGAAAUUUCGGAGAUCACAGUCAAACACCUUCAUGAUCGUCUAAGUUUCUUGAAGGUCUACCUUGAGUAUACCCGGACGAAGCUCGAAGAACACUACAAGUGCUACAAGAAAAUGAAAGCGGACGAAGCUGUUGAUGACGAGGUAAUUUACCUCCACAAGAAGGACGGGUUCCACAAGAAACGUGGCUACAGUAUUUUUGUAUAUCUAAGUAUGGCCAUGACCGUCGUCAACGUAUUGGCGAAGCAAAUUGACAAGUAUGAAUGGCAGCAGUGCCAAUGCACCAAGUGCGCGUACUAUCGGUCGCCCGAGUGGCGCCAAACGAGACCUGAUGACAUUACGCCUGCCAUGUUACCUCCAAUGAGAUUUUAUCGCCGCGGAAGCAAAGGAGUGAGCCCCUCUGAAAAGAUUUACCGCAAACAGCGUGAACAGAAGAAAGCGGUGGCUGCACGUGCUCAGAACCUUCAAGACUUCUUACGAGUUGCGGAUGUGAUAAAGGCGUUCGAGCUCAUUGUGUAG